UCGUAUCCUAGGAGAUGUUCUGUUUACUUCCGGUUUACCAGCCAGCAGAGAAGACGAAACACCGGGUAAAUAAAUACAAGCAGGGUUUUAUUAGCGAGCCACAACUUUUCUUCCAGUUAACGGAGUCGAAAGGCGGCUUGAAGCGGGUAAAGCUCGCCGGGAUGGAAGAGUAUCAGAACGGCAGCGAGGGUUCGUUCAACUCAGAGGAGGCGGAGAACGUCGUCAAAGAGGGCAUCGAGAGCGUCCUGGGGGGAGACGACUACAGCCAGACUCAUGUGAACAAAUGGACGGCCGCCAUCGUGGAGCGCUGCCUCACGCAGCUCGUCAAGCUCAACAAGCCCUACAAAUACAUCGUGACGUGUUCAGUGAUGCAGAAGACUGGCGCCGGCCUCCACACAGCCAACUCCUGCUACUGGGACACCAGUAUGGACGGCAGCUGCACCGUGCGGUGGGAGAACCGCACCAUGUACUGCGUGGUGAGCGUGUUCGCCGUCUUCAUCGCCUAGGGGCUGCAGCGCUGCGGUCCGCCGGCAGGGGGCGGCAGAGAACUGCAGGUUUUAAACUGCUGCAGCGCUGCGGUCCGCCGGCAGGGGGCGGCAGAGAGCUUCAGGUUUUAAACUGCUGCAGCGCUGCGGGCCGGCCGGCCGGCAGGGGGCGGCAGAGAGCGGUUUUGUAUCAGAGCUGCUGCACAAUAAACAGUUUUUGGACCAAA